GUCAAACUACAAGAACUGCAAGCAAGAGUAAUUUUGCUCUUUGCUUUCAUUCCUGUAUAUUCAUCAGCGGAGCUAAUUAUACUGGUUAGUUAAUAUAGCUUCGCAACUGUAAACAGUUGUUGCAGUAUGAGCGACUACGACUGGGAUUCCCAUAACCGUCGACAGGUACUUGAGGGACGACAAAUACUUGAGCGAACUUCGGCCAGUUUAGCACGGUCCAACCAGAUUGCGAUCGAAACCGAACAGACCGGUCAUGAGGUCAUCUCUGAGCUUGAAGUUCAACGUGAAUCAUUGCUGCGCAGUCAAAACCGCCUGGAAAAUGCCAACGUUGGUUUGUCCAAGUCAAGGGCUAUUCUUCGAACAAUGCAGCGGAAUGUGCUAUACAACAAAGUGAUACUAAUCCUGAUAAUUGUAAUGGAAGUCGUUAUACUCGCCGGUAUGCUGUUUUUAAAGUUUUUCCGUUGACUUCAAAGCAUGCUCGCCAUGAGCUGAGAUUGACGCCAUUCCCCUAAACUGAACUAUUUCGCCAAAGCUGUUUUAUUUUACUCAUUAUACUGUAUAUGUUCCUUAAAUUUGGAAGUACUAAAAAAAUAAAAACAUUUAACAACAUGAUCAACAA